AUGAAACCAAAUCAGGAUCUUUUAGGCAAGACUGCCUUUGUAACAGGUGGUUCCGGUGGAUUGGGAAAAGCGAUUUCCAACAUACUCGCUGCGCGUGGUGCCCAUGUCACAAUAUUCGCGCGGCGGCCAGGGCCUCUGGAAGAUGCGAAGAAUGAGAUAGUCGGGAAUUGUAUGGAUGCGAGUCGGCAGGAGAUCAAUGCCGUCGCCGUGAAUAUGGCGGAUGCCUCUGCGGUUUCGGAAGCAUUCAGGUCCCAACCCCGAAUAGCGGAUUUCCUGUAUUGUUCCGCCGGGGGCAACCAUGCGGAGAACGGGUUUUUCAUCGAUCUCCAAGCCACGCAGCUCGAUUCUUGCAUGAAGAAUAAUUAUUAUUCCACUGCUUAUGCUGCUAAGGCCAUGUUGGAUAUCUGGGUUGAGAACGAUAAGAAAUCUGCUGGCAGCGAUUUCUCAAACAACACCACGGAACACACGACCAGGAAGAUUGUUUUUGUCAACAGUGCGGCGGCCUUCUUGGGGUUACCGGGGAGCGUUGCUUAUACGCCUGCCAAAAGCGCUGUCCGAGCCCUAGCAGACACCCUUCGCUUCGAAGUCCUCCGCCACAACUCCUCGCAUACCACGUACACAAUCCACAUCGCAUUCCCGGCCGACUUCAUCUCCCCUGGGUUCGUCCUCGAACAGGACACCAAGCCCAACCUCACAAAGCAGAUCCAGGGAACCAAUGUCGCCACUUUUGCGGAGCUGGAGAAGAAAUUUCCUUCCUCGGAGGAAGUCGCGCGGGGGGUAGUUGCGCGAGUAGAUAAAGGGGAUUUUAUUAUCUGUGAGGAUUCGUUGCCCGGGUAUCUUUUGUUUACGAAUAUGAUCGGGCUGAGUCCCAAGAGGGGGCUUGGGAUCGUCGAUUCGUUGCUGAGUGUGGUGAUGGGGUGGUUUGUUGUGCCGGUGGUGAGGAGGAGGUGGGAGAGGAUGUGUAGAGAAGAUAGUAGCCACAGCUCAUGA